UAUGGGAGGUUGCGUUGUAGCAGAUGCAACAUCAAAACAAUUAAUACCUUCCGUGACUUGUAUGGCUGUGAUCGAUGUUGUUGAAGGGUCUGCAAUGGAAGCACUUUCAGGUAUGCUAAACUUUUGUAGAAAUAGACCGAGUGAAUUCAAAACCGUAGAAGAUGCGAUUUCGUGGAGCAUAAAGUCAGGUACAAUUCGUAAUCAUAAAUCGGCCAGAGUUUCCAUACCUUGUCUAUUAACUGAACAAGAAACUUGUACGAACAUAAAAAAAUAUACUUGGAGGACUGAUUUAGCUGUAGCGCAACCACAUUGGAAAGGGUGGUUUUCUGGAUUAUCUGAAAAAUUUCUGUCCUCUAGCGCUGCAAAAUUACUUAUCCUUGCCGGCACCGAUCGAUUAGAUAAACCGCUAACAAUUGCUCAAAUGCAAGGAAAAUAUCAACUAAUGGUAUUACCAGAAGCAGGACAUAUGGUCCAAGAAGAUAUGCCAGAAAGAACUGCCACUGCUUUAGUAGACUUCUGGAAAAGGAAUGAAAAAUUAGUGUUACCAGUGAAGAAGCCUUUUGUGGUUGAUAAGUAA